CUUCAAGUCGCGGAACGGUCACACUAGUGUUUGUGGAUUUUUUUGGUCGUAGGGGCAAGUCGCGGAAAUGUGCAUUAAAUAAUUCCAAUAAACGAAGGCGAGCCAUAGCGUGCUGCUACAACAAUUCGCUGCUGUGCGGAGAGAUGCGCUAAUCGGCCAGGCUUAUCAACAAAGAGUCACCGCGGGGAUCAAAGGCGAGCAACGACCGUGGAAAUUUCGAUUUUUGCCUGCGACGCUGCUGAUUUUUUGCAACAUUUAGCCCAAUUACCGCUCAAUGUUCGAAAUUUAAUUACAAUAUUCUUCAAGAUUUGUGCGCGACUGAAUAAUUAUAAAUAAAUUUUGUUUAUUUCCGUGCGGUACGCUGCAGCAGCGCUGCGGCAGUGGCAGCGGCGGCGGGCGAUUGAUUGCCAAUUUUUCUUUUUGUUUCUCUCUCUGGCACGUUACGCGCCUUUCAUUCACGAGAACGUUUGUGUGUUUGUGCGUGUGUGUGGGUGACGUAAACAAAUGCAAAAAGCGAAUGAGUGUGUGCAAGAAUUCGGAAAAUGCGCUUGUCGAUUCACGUGCCAAAUAGCAACAAAAACAACAACAGUAAAAGCAACGGGAGCAGCAGCAACAACAAACCGUAAUUCCAGUGUUUGGCAGCAGCAGCGGAAGCAGCGAAAUUGACAUAACUCUUUAUUUUCUUGCUUUGUGUUCUCUGCAUCUCUGUUUUGUGCCUCACAUUCGUUGCAUUUGCCAGCUGUGCGAAUCUGCAGUGGUAGUGGUGUGCUUGCUCCCGUACAUGUGUGUGCGCGCAACACGUUUGUGUCUGUGCUGCUGGAUGCGUAGGCGAGAGAGACAGAGUAAAAGAGAGAGGAGUUGUGCUGCUGCGUAAGCCAGCGAAGCCAGCGUCGGCGUCGACAGCGUCCGUGCGUCACAGAUGCGACAGAUAAGACGAGCGCGCGACCCACGGAAGCCCAGACUGGAACCCACUGGAAGACUGGAAGAAGCGGCAACGGCAGUCAAUGUCUGAUUGUGUGUGAAAACUAGAACAGGGUCCCUCUAUGACUGAUAAUGAUGCCAUUCGACGACUGCCCGCAAAACAACAAAAAGAGCUGCCACCCCAUGCCAUAUGCCACACAAUGGCCAUGCCACAAAAUGAGUAUUUGAAAAUUUGGAAACAUAUCAAAUGGCGAAAGUGAAAAGUAAUCGAUGCGAACAAAAAAUAUACAAUAACACAGAUCUAAUAGAUGUAUCUACUGGGCAAACUACGGAGAGAUAGAAAAUAUAUAAACAUAUAGGAAAAUACAUUAUUUGUUUGGAAAAGCAAAGAAACGCAAGAAAAAACGCCAGUGCCAUAUUUGAGAACUUAUAUACACAGAAACACGAGACGAGACAUACAUAUCCUCGAAGAAAGAAAACGCUGCCAAUUAUAGCGAGAGAGCAAUAGAGAGAGAGAGAGAGAGAAAGACAAACAGUGAUUGAGAUACAUUUACUCGUAGAUAGAACCACCGAUUGACAGCAGCAGCAGCAGCAAAAGCUAUACAAAAGCUAUAUAUAUAGUACACACCCCCUCCCUCCCCAGCAACAAUAUGACAAUAUCAUCUGGAGAGACUACAGCUAGAGGUGCAACCACGAAUAUACAUCAUGCAACAAAUCGCAACAAAUAUGAAAAACUCAUUAACAAGCCACAGAUGCAGUUGCCGAUGCAGGAUGCGUAUGCGGAAACGGAAGCCAAUGGAAGUGCCAGUGCGGAUGGCAAUUUCAAUAAGCAUUUUGGCAAUGGACAUGCCAUUGCCACGGGCACCGGCACGGGCACUGGUACUGGAACAACCACAGAUCGCACGUUGCUAUUGCCUUUGGAGGAUACAAGUGAUGCCGCCAGCAUUGUCACGUACAAGCUGAAAUCGAAUGCGAAUGGAAAUGGCCACAGCAACUCCUGCACCUCAUCAUCAACGUCAAUAGGUAUCGCCAACAGCAGCAGCAGUAGCAGCAACUGCCACCAAGGGGCAGGUGGAGCAGGUAGUGGCUCCUCCUCGUAUUCUAUGGGAUGCAUUUGCCAUUGUUGUAAUUUAAUUGCACGUCGAUGCUUUGGCUUCAAUGUGCGACGAUGUGUUUUGGCCCUGUUUGCCAUCACGAUGGUUAGCAUUUUCUACUACACGCAUUAUUUCGAUACGGGCGUAUUUAAUGGCCUCAUCCAGCGGGACACACAUCCGGCGCCCAUUAUCAACUGCCGCAUGAACAAUGCUGCGGGUAAACAUGUCAGAGAGGCCUCCCCAGCGCCCGAUCAUCGCUCAGAGGCGCGUCUACGCAUCGAUCCCAAGGUGCUGGUGUUUGUGGAGACCACAUACUCGGGACUGGGCAGGGACAUUGCGGAGCUACUGGUUUACAAUCGGAUCAAAUACAAAAUCGAAGUGGCUGGCAAAAGCCUUCCUGUGCUCACAAAUCUCGACAAGGGACGCUAUGGCGUGAUUGUAUUCGAGAAUUUGGACAAGUACCUCAACAUGGACAAGUGGAAUCGCGAGCUCCUCGACAAAUACUGUCGCGAGUAUGCCGUCGGAAUUGUGGGGUUCCUCAGUCCCAGCGAAGAGACUCUGGUGGGGGCACAGCUCCGGGAUUUUCCACUGUUUGUCAACACGAACCUGCGGCUUCGUGAUGCGAGCUUGAAUCCUGGAUCCUCUGUGCUACGACUGACGCGUGCGGGCGAAACCGCAUGGGGAGCACUGCCCGGCGAUGAUUGGGCGGUGUUUCAGCAUAAUCACAGUACCUACGAGCCCGUGGAGUGGGCGCAGCGGAAUACGAACGAGUAUCCGGUGGAUAGUGUGGGGCAAGUGCAGCUGCCACUCACGACAGUGCUGCAGGAUCGCGGCCACUUGGAUGGCAUCCAGAGGGUGCUCUUUGGGAGCAGCCUGCGCUUUUGGCUGCAUCGCUUGGUGUUCCUCGACUCCCUUAGCUACCUGAGUCACGGACAGCUGAGCCUCAAUCUCGAGCGGAUGAUUCUCGUGGACAUCGACGACAUCUUUGUGGGGGAGAAGGGAACACGGUUGCGGCCAGACGAUGUGCGUGCUCUGGUAGCCACGCAGAAGAAUAUUGCAGCCAUGGUGCCGGGAUUUAAAUUCAAUCUCGGGUUCUCUGGCAAGUACUACCACCACGGCACGCGGGAGGAGAACCUCGGUGAUGAUUUCCUGCUGCAGAAUGUCCAGGAAUUCAAUUGGUUCUCGCACAUGUGGAAGCACCAGCAGCCGCAUCUGUACGAUAAUCUCACGCUCCUGAUGGCCGAGAUGCAUCUGAACUAUGCCUUUGCGAUGGACCACAAUAUACCCACCAAUUCGGGAUACUCCAUCUCGCCGCAUCACUCCGGGGUGUAUCCCGCCCACGAGCUGCUCUAUGUGGCCUGGAAGAAGGUGUGGAACGUGAAGGUGACAUCCACCGAAGAGUAUCCGCAUCUGCGGCCCGCAAGACUGCGGCGUGGGUUCAUCCACAGGAACAUAAUGGUGCUGCCGCGGCAGACAUGUGGCCUGUUCACCCACACGAUGUACAUCGAUCGGUAUCCCGGGGGCAGGGAUAAGCUGGACGAGUCGAUACAGGGCGGAGAGCUCUUCCAGACGAUCGUCUACAAUCCGAUCAACAUCUUCAUGACGCACAUGUCGAACUAUGGCUCGGAUCGACUCGCUCUCUACACAUUCCAAUCGGUGAUCAAGUUCCUGCAGUGCUGGACGAACCUCAAGCUGGCCUCCGCACCUCCCAUUCAGCUGGCGGAGAUGUACUUCCAGCUGCAUCCCGAGGAGGUGGAUCCCGUGUGGGGCAAUCCCUGCGACGAUGCGCGCCACAAGAAGAUCUGGUCCAAGACCAAGAACUGUGACUCGCUGCCAAAGUUCCUGGUGAUUGGACCCCAGAAGACGGGCACCACGGCCCUCUACACAUUCCUCUCGAUGCACGGCAGCAUCGCGAGCAACAUUGCCUCACCCGACACCUUCGAGGAGGUGCAGUUCUUCAAUGGCAACAACUACUAUCGGGGUCUCGAUUGGUACAUGGAUUUCUUUCCCUCUGGCGAGACCAUGGCGAUGGGGAUGGGGAUGCCCAACAGCAGCUCGCCGAUGCCCACGCAGGUGGGCAGUCCACGCUACAUGUUCGAGAAGAGUGCCACGUAUUUCGAUGGCGAGGCAGUGCCCAAGCGGACGCAUGCCCUGCUGCCGCAUGCGAAGAUUGUGACGAUACUGAUAUCGCCAGCGAAGAGGGCCUAUUCCUGGUACCAGCACCAGCGGGCACAUGGCGAUGUUAUAGCCAAUAAUUAUAGUUUCUAUCAGGUCAUAACGGCAAGUGACUCGGCACCGAGGGCCCUCAAGGAUCUGAGGAAUCGUUGCCUAAAUCCUGGGAAAUACGCCCAACACUUGGAGCACUGGCUGGCCUACUACCCCGCCCAGCAGGUGCACAUCAUCGAUGGGGACCAGCUCCGACAGAAUCCCAUCGAUGUGAUGAACGAGCUGCAGCGAUUCCUCAAAGUCCAGCCGCUGCUCGAUUAUUCAAAUCAUCUGCGCUACGACGUGAAGAAGGGCUUCUACUGCCAGGCGCUCAACGAGAAGCGCAAUAAAUGCCUCGGAAAAUCGAAGGGACGCCAGUAUCCGACGAUGGAUGAGCGCAGCGGCAAGCUGUUGCAGCGAUACUAUCUGAAUCACAAUACGGCGCUGGUGAAGCUGCUAAAGAAGCUCGGCUCUCGGCCCAUUCCUCAGUGGCUCAAAGAGGACUUGUCGACGGGCACGUGAUAGCAGCUGUUUGGUGGAGGUGGUGGAGGAGUAGGAGGAAGUGGCAGCGGCGCAGGAGCCAUAAAGUAUCGCAAAAUGCGGGCAAAACUCAGGAAACAAUUGCAUUGGUUGCACCUGCCAGCGGCGGCGGCGACAAAAGAGAGAAGCAGCAGCCACGAGGACAGCGGCGCCAGUUGGCAGCGACGUCGACGCCACAACUGACAGCAGAUAAAAAAUGCAAAAGCAACCAUAAAAUAUAAGAUGAAAAAAGUUACAUAAUUAGUCGCGCUUUUAAAAUGCAUAAAUCUUUUUGUUUGUUGCUAUUGAAGCUAAUUAAUGUCACUACCGCUGCAGUUGUCAGUGGAAGUUGUACGAUAUAAAUAUAGUUAUACAGCAUGUAUGCAUGUGUGUGUGUGUGUGUGUGAAAAUCUGUUAUGUAAAUAUGACCCGUGUGUGUGUGUAUGCGCGCAUUAUAAAUUAUCAUAAAUAACAUCCAUAACAUGAGGCACGAGAGUGGCAUCAUGAAUAUAAAUAUGCAUAAAUGCGCUUUGUUAGUUGUUUAAUGUUUACUGUAUAUCAUUAUUAUUAUUAUUAUUAGUUGCUUAUCGCAAAUUAAGCGCCUAAUUAAGUUUUGUAUAUCGUAUAUAUUUUAUGAUUUCUGUACUUUGUUGUUACCUCAGAGACACAAACACACACACACAGACAGAAUUUCAACGCUUCAAUGCAUCCUAAAGACUCAAAUCAAAAGCACUUCUACUUCUAUCUCAAUGUAAACACUCUCUGUACUCUAUCUGUAACUGUAAAAGCCAUGCCAAAACUGUGACGGAUCCUUUCCCCCAAAAAGGAGCCAACGAGUGCUACAAACACCCUACAAAACAAAUACUUAUCUACAUUUAGGAUAUAGCAUAAGGAUAAGGCUGCUCUAUCCCAUAAGUGUAUUUGUAAAUGUUUUAAGCCUAAGCUACUCCAUGCAGCGCCAUGCCAUGCAACGCUUGCACCAUGCAGCAUGAAUGUGCGAGUAAAAUUGUACAGCUCUAGUUGUACUCUCCCUAAGUCCCUAAGCACUAAGCAAAGCUCUAUUGUAUAGUUGGAUAUAUGCGUAUUUAGUGUAUAUGUAUGAGGACUAGUUCAAGUUUAGAUUGGUAAUGCGACAAUAAUAAAACGCGAACAUUAUUGCAAAGGUAAAAUGGAAUA